AUGUCGACAUGUCAGUCUCGUCUUCUGGAUGCAGGGAUCUCCCCAGAGGAAACUGCUGCUCAGUGCAAAGCCGUAAUCUUCGCGGGCGUUGACUUAACCGCUGUCAUGGUCGAAGCACCUGGAAAGAAAUUGAAUGUCGCAUCAGGCAAGAGAAUCACCCAAAGGGAUUGCCAGACAUGGAUUGUGGAGUCUGCCAACCAACUUUUCAAGGACUAUAUAUUCACUGCAGAGGUUGCCGUUUAUCUUCACAAAAUCAAGCAGUAA